AUGACCACAGCUGCUAUAAGCACAACUACAGCAGUUUCAACAACAACCACAGCUGCUCCAACCACAACUACAGCUUUUCCAARCACAAUGACAGUUACAAUAACCACGACUACAGCUGCUCCAACAAUAACUACAGCUGCUCCAACUACAACCAAAGCUGCUCCAACAAAAACCACAGCUGCUCUACCCACAACCACACCUACUAUAACUACAACUACAGCUGCUCCAACUACAACCACAGCUGCUGUAACCUCAACUACAGCAGCUCGAACAACCACAGCUGCUCCAAACACAACCACAGCUGCAAUAACCAUGACGAAAGCUGCUCCAACAACCACUACAGCUGCUCCAACUCCAACCACAGCUGCUCCKAAAACCACCACAGCUUCUCCAACCACAAAUAGAGCUGCCCCAAUUACAACCACAGCUGCUCCAACCUCAACUACAGCAGGUCCAACCACAACCAUUGCCGCUAUAACCACAACUACAGCUGCUCCAACAACAACUACAGUUACUCCAACAACAACCACUGCUUCUCCAACCACAAUUGCAGCAGCUACUACAACAACCACAACCGCUACAAUCACAACCACAGCUGCUAUAACCACAAGUACAACUGCUCCCACUACAACCACAGCUGCUCCAACAACAACCGCAGCUGCUCCAAAAUCUACAUCUCCUCCAACCACAACUACAUCUCCUCCAACCACAACUACAUCUCCUCCAACCACAACUACAGCUGCUCCAACCACAACUACAGCUGUUCAAACCACAAUAUCAGCUGCUCCAACCCCYACCACAGCUGCUUUAACCACAACUACAGUUGCUCCAACAACAACCACUGCUUCUCCAACCACAAUUACAGCAGUUUCAACAACAACCAUAGCUGCUCCAACCACAACUACAGCUGCUACAACAACAAGCACAGCUGCUCCAACCACAACUACAGCAGUUCCAACCACAACCACAGCUUCUAUAACCACAACUACAGCUGCUCCAACCACAACCACUGCUACUGCAACCACAACUYCAGCUGUUCCAACGACAACCACAGCUGUAAUAACCACGACUACAGCUGCUCCAACAACAACUACAGCUGCUCCAACUACAACCACAGCUGCUCCAACCACAUCCACAGCAGUUCCAACCAUAACCACAGCUGCUAUAACCACAACUACAGCUACUACAGAUGUUCUAACCACAACUACAGCUUCUCCUACCACAAUUACAGCUGCUCCAACCGAAACUACAGUUGCUCUAAUCACAACUACAAUUGUUUCAGCCACAACUACACCUUCUCCAACCACAGCUACAGUUGCUCCAACCACAACCACAGCUUCUCCAACCACAACUACUGCUGCUCCAACCACAAGUACAUCUUAUCCAACCACUACUCCAGCUACUCCAACCACACCUACAGCUGCUCCCACAACAACUACAGCUGUUCAAACAGGAGUUGUAAUCUCUACAGCUGCUCCAACCACAACUACAGCUGCUUCAACCACAACUACUGCUGCUCCAACAACAAGUACAGCCUCUCCAACCACUACUCCAGCUACUCCAAGCACAACUACAGCUGCUCCCACCACAACUACAGCUGCUCAAACAAAAGUUGCUGCAAUCUCUACAGCUGCUCUAACCACAGGUACAGGUGCUCCAACAACUGCUACAGCAGCUUUACCAACAGCAGCUGCUCCAACAAAGACAACAGCUGCUACAAUAUCAACAGCUACUACAACAUCAACAACAGCUACAAACAGAACUACAGCUGCUCCAACAAUAAGAACUUCUGUUCCAACAACUAUAGCUGCUACAACAACAACCACAGCUUCUCCAACAAAGACAACAUCUGCUCCAACAAUAACAGCUGCUGCAACAAAUAACAUGGCAUCCACAGCUAACCUUACAUCAACCAGAGCUGCAGCAAUCUCCCUCACAGCUGCUUCAUCAGGCACAGCUGCUGCAACUUCCACCACAUUUGCCCCAACAGAAACUACACAUGCCACAACUGCAACCACAAUUGCCCCAACAACAAAUACAACUAACGCAACAACCACUGCUUCCUCAACAGAAACUACAGUUUCACCAACAAAAAUCACAACUACCACAAUAACUACAGCCAACACAUCAAAUACAGCUAACACAAAUGAAACUUCAACUGCCCCAACAACAGCCAUAUUUGCAUCAAUAGCAACUACAGCUGUUUCAACCACAACUACAGCUGCUGAAACAAUGACCACAGCUAACACAGCAACCACUGCUAGUGCAACAGCAUCCAUAGCUGCCAAAACUGAUACCACAACUAAUACAACUUCAGCUACCACAAGAGCAACUAAAGCAAACACUAUCAUUACAGUUUUUACCGGUCCUACCACAACUGCUAUAAUAACUGCACCUCAACCCCCAUUUCAAAAGUAUACUGUUGCCACAGUUAUUGUAGAACCAUUUGUUGAUCAACUCAAUGAUCCUAAAAGCAAAGCUUUCAACGAUCUUGCCAAAAGAGUGUGUGCCACGUAUGAUGCCAUCUACCGUCCAAAAUACCCUCAAACCUACAUGGGCUGUUUUGUCCUUGCAUUUAGGCAAGUCAUCAUACGUUUGAAUGGUACUGAAGCAAAUGUGACCAUAGCAUUUAAUCAAACCACACCAGCCGUCCAAAUCCCAGCAGCUGCAGACAUUCAACAAACCUUAGUAGAUGCCGUGACUAAUACCAAUGCCACCUACAAUGUUACAUUCCAACCUAAUGUCAUCAAAGUAGAAGUUGCAUCUGUAACAACUGAAGCUUUAACCCCGCUGUGGUCCGGCACGUGUGCCCUAGUGGAUUUGAGACCUGCCAUUUUGGUACUGGAUUCUCUGGUGUAUAACACCCACCACUACCUGCAGUUCAUGGCGGAGCCCAGACCCCUGUACCGACAGAAGAGGUCUGAGGUGAUCUCAGCCGGGGUGAAGUUCUUGAGUGGGGUGCUCCACUGGUGGGGGACGGUGAAUAAUGCACAUCACAUUGACCAGCUUCAUACGAGGCUUGAGAAUCUGAGGGAGAUUAUGGAGGARGGAUUCUCAGCCCUGGGUCCCUUUGUUAUCGCCACCAGAAACAUGCUCUUACAACAUAAAAUGGCUUUGGACCUGCUUUUCGCUUCCCAAGAUGCUUCCGGAAACAUCACUCAAACUGUACAACACUUGAAUCAACUCCUGGCCGACAUGAAAGCUGAUGAUAUCAUUGAGCCUAAGGGAUAG